UACAGGAAGCGGAAAUGUGAAGAGAAAACCAUCUAUCAACUCAUUCUUCCAGAAUCCCUCAGAGUCACUGUACUCAAGUGUCUCCAUGACGACAUGGGACACAUGGGCAUAGACCGUACUAUUGACUUAGUGAGGUCAAGAUUCUACUGGCCACGAAUGGCUGCGGAUGUUGAGCACAAGGUCAAAACCUGUGGCCGGUGUGUUAGGAGAAAGACUCCGCCUGAGAAAGCAGCACCGCUGGUCAGUAUCCAGACAAGUAGGCCUAUGCAAUUGGUCUGCAUGGACUACCUAUCACUGGAGCCUGAUUCCCACAAUACCAAGGACAUUCUGGUCAUCACAGACCACUUUACAAAAUAUGCGGUAGCUGUACCCACGAAAGAUCAAAAAGCUACUACUGUUGCGAAGUGUCUGUGGGAGCAUUUCUUGGUUCACUACGGCUUUCCUGAACGCCUGCACAGUGAUCAGGGAAGAGAUUUUGAGUCUCACACUAUUAAAGAACUUUGUGCCAUAGCCGGUAUCAAAAAAGUGAGAACCAGUCCUUAUCACCCGAGGGGAAACCCGGUUGAGCGAUUCAACCGCACCCUUCUUGGCAUGUUGGGUACUCUAAAAGAAAAGGAGAAGAGUCACUGGCGUGAUUUUGUUAAACCACUCACACAUGCCUACAACUGUACCAGAAGCGAAGUCACCGGGUUUAGUCCCUAUGAGUUAAUGUUUGGGAGACAACCCAGGCUUCCAGUCGAUAUUGCAUUCAACCUACCCGUCAGGGAAGGAGCACCAGUAUCUCACUCCCAAUAUGUGCGAAACCUCAAGUCUCGACUGGAGGAGAGUUAUCAAGCAGCCAUUGAAAACUCCCAGAAGGUUGCUGAGAGGAAUAAGCAGCAGUGGAAUAAACGAGUCAGAGAGUCUACACUUGAAGUGGGAGAUAGAGUACUGGUGAGAAAUGUCCGUCUGAAGAACAAACACAAACUCGCUGACAAGUGGGAGUCCGCUGUGUACAGUGUCUUACAACAGAUGGGAGACUUACCUGUUUACAAGGUCCAGCCAGUGGAUGAAGAUGGUCCAAUCCGCACUUUACACAGGGAUCUUCUGCUGCCUUGUGGACAAUUGGUUGAAGUCGAGGAUGAGGAAUCCAAUCAGCCAAAGCCGAUUCGUCGUCCCAGGACAAGACAUAGUUCUCCUCAGGUCCAAAAAGAGGAAAGUUCUGAGUCUGAAGAGGAGUACACAGUCUUUUCCGAGGAAACUUCUGCUCUCACUGAGAAGAGGUUUACAGAGGUCUAUAACAUCCCUAAACAGCUGGUUGUAGCUGACAACCCUCCCACAGAGAAGGAAUUGGGCGAGACACUACAAACCCAGUCACAAGUGGAGUCCUUUGCUGGUAAUGAGCUUCCGUUGCCAGUUGAAGAGGAAAAGGAAUUCCCUGAUGUGGUUGGAGAUCACCAGUUGGAGAACAAUGCUGAACAACCACCUCCUGAGGAAGUUGCAGUCUUGCCUGAGCCAGACAAUGUAAUACAAAAAGAUGAUAUACCCUUGCUGGAUCUGAAUGUUGAGAGUAAUGAAAACGGAGAUCCGGAAAAUAACACUGAAAUUCCAGAAGCUCGAGCUGAGGGAACCAACUUACCUGAUGACUGUGGUGAAGGCAAUAUGGUACGCCGAUCUGUAAGGUCAAGGCGGCCACCAGAUCGAUUGGACUACCCACAGUUGAGUAAACCCCUCAUCUCUUUUGCUCAAAGUCUUCUAGACAGUUUCAAUCACGCACUCAUUUCCUUUGGUGACUACAACAGUCAUGAGGUUAUAGCAAUUUGAGUCAAGAUGUUAUAGCACAUGAAGGGACUCAUGCUGACUUAAGGGGGGAGUGUGUAACCCAUAUGGAAAUAUAGUGUCACUAAUAUAUUCUCCUAUUAUUUAUUUCUAAUUUAUGGUGUGCCAAAAGUCACUUUGGUCACUUAAAAUGUUAAUUUAUGAUGUGUCAAAGUCAUGUGUUCACUACCGGGUUAAACUAAUGAUACAUGCACACAGCACGUUAUUCACAUGUUGGCCAGUAGAGGGCGCAUGCGCCUUUGUUAUUCCAGUCACUUCUUCACUGAACGUCACCGAGUGAAGACACGAGUCAUAUCAUUGUAUUUCAAAGACAAAGUUUAAAAGUUAAAAAUACUUGUUACUUCUGUGACCGAGUGUUGGAAAAGCAGCAUAAGAUAGCCGGGUUCCAGUGGGCGUUGGAUUGCUGUGCUUUGUGCUGCUGAGAACUCCAAUUGGUUUUUUGUGUGAUCCUGAAGUCUGGUUCCAAGCUGGACUUGAGUUUGAUGGCGAGCCAGUCCCAGUGAGUGAAGGUCUGCGGAGAGGGAGCGUUUGGAUGUGGUGUGGCCAGCUACAUCGGUCUCCACCCUCUGCAGUGACCUAUUACUGAACUGAUCUACCAUCAGAGUCGCAAGUAUCGAACCGAAUCAAUACGGAAUAACGGAUUACAAAAGAACUAAGGAAUCCCAACAAAGGAAUAUAGACAGUGUUCAAUUCAGUACUACCCGGGUAGAAUUCAAAUUUAAAAGGGGCAUUUCUUCUAUUUUUUCUAUUUUGAUUUUUGUAAUAGAGCUCUAUUUUAUUUUAUUUUUGGGGUAUUUUCAAUUCAAAAAGCACACUGUUCAUGUGUUGUUGUUUAUUAUUGUGCAAUAAAUUUGCCAGCAGCUGUUCUGUGGUCCACUACGUACAAAACGUCUCAUUUCGAGUAUCUCAAUUAUACGGCCAAGAACCUAGUAAUCUAAAUUGUUGUACUAACCUGCUAUCCUACAGUAGGGGUGCUACACAUUUCAUGCCCAGACAAGCCAGUUAGGCCGCCAGGUGGCGUCCGUUGAGGGGGGGGGGGUACUGUGGUGAGUUGUAUAUCCUUUGCUUAUUUUCUGUACUCUUUGGCACAACAUAUGUACUCUGUCUCUCAUCCACAGUAUGGAGCGCAGCUGGUGCAAAGCAGGAGCACACACCUGAAGUUGAUUAAGGGGGUCUAUUUAACCUGGGUUCUGACGCCAUGCGAGCGCCGGAACUUUGUGUCUCACCACCGUAUUGCUCGCAUGCGUACGCUCCUUCGGCUCACUUGCAAACCUUAGUUUGACUGGUGCUCCUUGCCAGGUUUGAUUGUUAUCUCUAGCCUUGUCUAGCUCUUUUAGUUUGUUUUGUUUCUUCUUUCAAGAAGUGUCUUUUUACCAAGCCUCGUCUAGCGUUUUAUGUUUGUACUUAGCU